GAACCAUUUGGGGCAAAUUCCCCUUGGGCGAAUGAUUCGGUCAUCUGUAAAACCGGACAUGGUGACAAAACUGACUACAGGACCCGUUCUUCACGACAUCCCUGUAACGUUGAGCUUGUUUAGACAGCUUGUUGACGCCUAGGAUAGAAUCUUUCCAGGAGGAAGUGUGCAACGACUGGCAUCUGGGUCACGGUUCUAUCUCUCCCCUUCUGACGCAAGUCCUUAUCUGCGUGAGGACGCGUUGUCGUCACCGCCGAGUGUAACCGGCCAUGUUUUGAUUGACGUCUCUGCAAACGAUCGUAUCGGCUCAGCGUUGACCUUGCGAAAGAGAGAGAGAGAGAGUCGGUGUUCAUUAACGUUCCAGCUCCGUGGAUUUAAGUGAGAGUUCCGUACCUAGGAAACGCAGUGUUUAUACCUAUUAGUGUCUCCACCCAUCUACCAAUUAGUGUGCUUCCCGCCACUGGAAUCCGGUUGUUGGGAGUGUGUAUAGAGCUUCUCACAUCCGUGGUUGCCGGAUGGAGAUGGCAGACCAUCUUUCCGAAGAACAGAUAGCCGAGUACAAGGAGGUGUUCUCGCUUUUUGACGCCGACGGGAGCGGGUCUAUCACGACCCGUGAGCUGGGAGAAGUCAUGGAAAACCUGGGACAAGUAACCUCUCUGGCUGAGCUACAGGACAUGAUCAGUGAGAUGGAUAGUGACGGAAGCGGAAGUAUUGACUUCCCAGAAUUCCUCAUGGUCAUGGCCAAGAAACAGGUGGAAGAAAACAACAAGAAGGAGAUUCAGGAGGCCUUCAGAGUCUUCGACAAGGACGGAAACGGGUUCAUCACGGCGUCCGAGCUCCGUGUGGUGAUGGCGAACUUGGGAGAGAAACUGACAGACGAGGAAGUGAACGAGAUGAUAGACGAGGCAGACCUUGACGGCGACGGGCACAUCAACUACGAGGAGUUCUACCAGAUGAUGAUUAAGUCGUAAACUGU